AUGCGGCUUGUACUGCUCCUCGUCGUCGGGGCCGGCGUAGCGAAUGCGUAUAUUGAUCGGCAUGAUUAUACGCAAUGUUUCAAGAGAAACCUGCGGGUUGGCGACGUCAUCACCGUCAGGGGAAAAAUCCUGAACGGCGCGACACGAUGGACGUGCAACAUCGCGAUGAGCGAGCUGAACAACCUGAUUAUCCACGCCGACCACCGAAUCCGUCCGACAGCCGUCGAAGGAGCGUAUGGCACUCAUGUAACUGCUCGCAUCGGAACUACGAAAUGGCUAAACGAAAACUUCAAAGCGGCCAUCCCAUUCACCGGCGGGCCAUUCGAACUUGUUUUUAGCAUCGUGAGUGAGGGGAUUAUCGAAAUCGCCUACAAAAAUGCUGUUUUCAACGGGACCAGCUUCAACCGUGGCACCAACAUCCCGCUGUCAGUGGUUCGACAAAUCGAUUGCAGCGGCGACCUUGUCGACAUCACCUUCCAUGGGGACAUGAUGAGGGAUAAGGUGUUGCCCGUAGCCAACCGCGAUUGCCUGAUGUUCCCGCCCGAGCCGGCCCCACAGCGUCGUCCACCAGUCAAGAGGCCUAUCUUUGAUCAACAUCUCCGUCGUGAUGACGACCGCCGUGAUCAGGGUCGUGACAACAAAUGGGAUGACAGCGACAGUAACGAACGCGGAUUCAACGGCUUCAACAUCGAAACGUCUGACGAACGCUGGGAUUAC